AGCAAUGGCGGCGCUCUGUGAGGCUCUCCCGUCACUGGAUACUACUACUCCCAGCCCUCCUCCUAGCCGCCGGAGCAACCCUCUGCUCUGUAGUUUACAAGUGGCAAUUUGACUUGCUCUGCUGCAUGUCUGGAGGCACCGAGGAAAGUGUGGAGACGCCUCGGAGAUUAAGGCACCGCAGUUUGCAAAGGAAAAAAGCCAAACAAAUAAACCAAACCCACCCACCCUAGCAAACAUGAGGCUGCUGGAGAGGAUGAGGAAAGAAUGGUUCAUGAUCGGAAUCGUGGUGGCCAUCGCCGCAGCGAAGCUGGAGCCGUCCGUAGGCGUGCACGGGGGGCCACUGAAGCCAGAAAUAACUGUAUCCUACAUUGCUGUCGCAACAAUAUUUUUUAACAGUGGACUAUCAUUAAAAACGGAGGAGCUGACCAGUGCUUUGGUGCAUUUAAAACUGCAUCUUUUUAUUCAGAUCUUUACACUUGCAUUCUUCCCAGCAGCAGUAUGGCUCUUUCUUCAGCUUUUAUCAAUCACAUCCAUCAAUGAAUGGCUUUUGAAAGGUUUGCAGACAGUAGGUUGCAUGCCUCCCCCUGUGUCUUCUGCAGUGAUUUUAACCAAGGCAGUUGGUGGAAAUGAGGCAGCUGCGAUAUUUAAUUCAGCCUUUGGAAGUUUUUUGGGCAUCGUUGUGACACCCCUCCUAUUGCUGCUUUUUCUUGGCUCAUCCUCUUCUGUGCCUUUUACAUCUAUUUUUUCUCAGCUUUUUAUGACUGUUGUGGUUCCUCUCAUUAUUGGACAGAUUGUCCGGAGAUACAUUAAGGAGUGGCUUGAAAGAAAGAAGCCUCCUUUUGGUGCUAUCAGCAGCAGUGUGCUCCUCAUGAUCAUCUACACCACGUUCUGUGACACGUUCUCUAACCCUCACUUCGACCUGGAUAAGUUCAGCCUCAUCCUCAUCCUAUUCAUAAUAGUUUCUAUUCAGCUGAGUUUUAUGCUCUUAACCUUCAUCUUUUCAACAAGGAAUAACUCGGGGUUUACACCAGCAGACACAGUGGCUAUCAUCUUCUGCUCUACACACAAAUCCCUCACACUGGGAAUUCCAAUGCUGAAGAUAGUGUUUGCAGGACAUGAGCAUCUCUCACUAAUAUCCGUGCCCUUGCUCAUCUACCACCCAGCUCAGAUCCUCCUGGGGAGUGUGCUGGUGCCAACAAUAAAGUCUUGGAUGGUAUCCAGGCAAAAGGGAGUGAAGUUGACAAGGCCAACAGUAUAACGGAGGCACACUUCCCGUAGCUGUGUAUAUAUGUACAGGCUUGUACAUAACACUCCGAUCUGAAGACUUGUACUUGUGAAUGUUGCUUCGAUGCAUAUUUUUAUUUUUUUACAGAAAAAGUGUGAUAUACCUGUUUAAGUGCCUUAAAGUUUAUUCAACAAGAGCGUUAUUUCCAAAACAUACUCUGUUGGUUACUGCUAGGGGUGGUACAGUAUUUUGGAGUGAAUUUCUUUUUUCCCAAUGCAGAAAACAGUCCUAAGAAGGACCAAAAACUACCAUACCUUCCCUGUAUCACCUUUUGUGCAGUACAACUCUGUAAUAGUUACUGUAAUGUUUGAAAUGAGGUCACACCAUCAGGAAAAAUGCCCUUCUGAUGACAGUGAAAAUUUCCAAAGUUUUCUUCACGCAUACUUUGAUUCACUGUGUGAUUCUUUUUUCUACAACUGUGACAUGCUUCUUCCUUAUCAACUCAGCAGGGGUCAUGGAUCGAAUAGAUGCUGAAAAGCAUAAGAUAGCUCUGCAUUCCUUGGCAUCAUUUUUUUAGACAUUCCUUCAAAUAGUUUCUACACAGAAAUUCUUCAGUCCCAUCAUAAGAAAUUGUGGUGUUGUGUCUUAAAUUUAUUAUAAGCUGCUUCAAAGGAAGGGCCUGAUGUUUGAGUUAUGAGUGAAGUAAGUAUGUGAAGUUUUCAGGUAAACUAAAGAAUUUGGUUUUCAGGGUUUUAAAUUAUAUCCCAGUGUGUUUUCACUCUUUCUUCUGUAAUUUCUUUCUUACCUGCUUCCUACCACACUUGCACACUCGUAGUCACCAAGCAUGAGACAUACAAAAAAUGUUACAGUUAAAGAACAGCAGCAAUUAAUGAUGGAUUAUAUUCACAUUCCACAACUGAGGCUAUUCUUUUGUUACACAGAUGUGCUGAACACUUCCCAAAUUUUCCCUUUGGUGAGAACAGCCUGUUACAUCUUUGAAUUAAGCACACUCAAGACAUGUGAGACCAUUUUUUUCAUAGAGUUGAUAAAUGUUUGCAGCAUUCUUUAAAAUGUUAAAAUCACAGUGCACUUACGAAUAAAGGAAAAUAUAGGGAUCAUGAACGCAAGCAGAUGUUACAGAGACACACUCUGUCUAACCAGAUGGAAAGAAAAACUAGCACAAAAAAAGACAAGAUCAUUCAUUAACCAGACUAUCAAGUAUCAUUUGUCCCCAGCUGGGCAUCAGCUUUCUUCUAAAGAAGUCUCCAAUAUUUGCUUUUACUGUGGCUAGAAGAACGUUCAGUGGACCCAAGUAGAGAAUAAAGCAAUAUAUUGGAUCAAGGGAACACUUUUCUCUUUUCUGCCAUCCCGUCUCUUCAUCUCUCGUGUCCUUUCCUGAUUUGACACACGAUACGGCAUCCUGGGUGUUGCUGAGGCUGUACUAUAUCCACAGUACCUGCCGUCAACGUCGUUGUCAUGCUAACCACAAAAAAUCAUUCCUUCAAAAUUUAUUAUCAGUAGUGUAAAUUUAUAUUAUUGUUACAACUGGGUCUCGUGUUUUGUUACUUUUGAUACAUUUCUGUCAUUUAACUGCAUCAAUUUCACAAGAGUACUAAGGUUAGUACCCGAUCCUGCAAAAACCUACUCUAAGCAGGCUGUAAUGUACAGCUGUUGAGAAUUACAGCAUCUAAAACUACAGUAAUUUUGCUUUAUAUUUUUUAUGCUUAUCUAUAGAACACAGAAAAAAGUUUUCAUGUUUUAUUCCUGCAAGCUUCCUUGAGGUUUAGAGCAAAUGGAAAUGUCUGUCUGUCCAAGCUGUCAUAAAAAUCCUUCUCCCUUUUUAUUUGAAUACUGAUCUUCUUUUCAACUUAUCUACCUCUCUUGUCUAACACCUGUAGUAGGUGUGAUAUGGGAUAAAUUUCAACUGAAAAUGCUAUGAUAACAUUCUGUCUUUUUGCUUUCAUGUGUUUUAUUUUCAAAUAAUCUUUAUGUGGUGCAUUUUGGUGGCUUUAGUGAUAUGUUUAUGGCUUUUUUAACACAACUGUUAUAGCAUAUUUUUCCAUAAAGAACAAGAAAUAAAAUUUAUUUUUAAUUCAUGUUUAUUGGAAUUUAAUUACUUAGAUCUUAAAAUAUUUUUAUGUUUAUGCACUGUCAAGCUGUUCUAUGCAUUUGUUUUGUCCAAGUGUAUUUAUAAAAGAAAUAAAUUAUGUUUACUCAUUUUUCCACCUGGAUUUUUUUAAAAGGUUGUUAUGAAAUUUGAUUUUUUAAGAGAUAAUGUUGACCUUUAACACAUUGUAAGUUUUAAAAGUUUUGUUUUUUAAAAUGCUUCCCUAUUCUGUUUAAAAUUAACAUCUCUCUGGUGAUGUUCAGUGUUUAUGCUAAAUACCAAAUGUUUUCAAAAGGAUGGUUUAAGUAAUGAAGUAGAUUAUUUAUGAUGAACGGAAGAGGAAAAUCAUUCUAUGAUUAAACAAAGAAAUUCUGAAAAAUCA